UGGCCCGUGUGAGAAGAUAGCGUUGGCCCGGGGAAACUCUAUUUCGAGGGAGACGAACGGUAGUAUCGGCGACGCGAUGCUCUUAUCCGCGCGGGAGCUACUGAGCGCCCCUUCCCAUGGCAUUCCCUUCUCCACCUUCCCUUCCGCCCGCUCUCCAGCGGCUUCCCUCGCCUUCGCGAGGUCCCGGGGCGGUCCCUGUAGGGCUUCCUCCUCCGGAGCGGCGGACGCGGAGCCCCGACGGCGAAGCGUUCCCUGGGACACUCUCCGUUUGAACUUCAGCGACGGCUCCAGGUGCAUCCAACCAUCUGAUUUCUCUGUCUUUGAUCCGUUGGGUUUGAACAAGGAGAGCUCUUUGGGCCUUGGUGCUUUGUGGGAAAGUGUUCUUGAUUUCUUUUCCCAAACAUUUGAAAGUACAGCAAGUUCAAAGAAGGAUAAAUCUUCCUCAAAACGAGGAGUGGCAGCUGCAAUUGAGGAUAGUUCUAUUGACAUUGGUGACUUCUUUAAGGGCCCUCUUCCAGGGAAAUUCCUAAAGCUUUUAGGAUAUUUAACUUUAUCUCGGCUUGGAGUAUAUGUACCUCUAGGUGGAGUGAAUCGAGAAGCUUUUGUUGGUAAUUUGGAUCAGAACAGUCUAUUGAGCACCUUGGACUCCUUCUCUGGUGGUGGAAUUGGUAGACUGGGUGUCUGCUCCCUAGGUAUUGUUCCAUUUAUCAAUGCACAGAUUGUCUUUCAGCUUCUUACACAAAUCUAUCCAAAGCUACAAGAUCUCCAGAGAAGAGAAGGAGAAGCAGGAAGGAAGAAAGUUCUUCAGUAUACACGCUAUGCUUCUGUAGGCUUUGCAGUGUUCCAGGCCAUUGGGCAAGUAGUUUACCUUCGCCCAUAUGUCAAUGACUUCAGUACGGAAUGGGUUCUAUCAUCGGUGGUAUUGUUGACACUCGGUUCAGUAUUUACAACUUACAUUGGUGAAAGAAUAUCCGACCUGAAACUUGGAAAUGGAACCUCUCUUUUGAUAUUCACCAGCAUUAUAUCAUACUUGCCUGCAUCAUUUGGCAGAACAAUUGCACAGGCAUUUCAAGAUGGAAAUUACGUUGGACUAGCUACGAUUACCUUGUCAUUUUUCCUAUUGGUCCUUGGUAUUGUGUAUGUCCAGGAAGCAGAAAGGAAGAUCCCACUAAACUAUGCUUCAAGAUACAGAAGUGGGGGCCUUCAAAAAUCUGCAUAUCUUCCUUUUAAGGUGAAUAGCUCCGGAGUGAUGCCCAUUAUAUUUUCAACUUCUUCCUUGGCUUUACCUGGUACUCUGGCACGCUUCACUGGUUUAACUGCUCUUAAAAAGGCUGCAGUUGCUUUGAACCCAGGAGGUCCUUUAUAUCUUCCUACUAACGUCCUACUCAUUGCUUUUUUCAAUUAUUAUUAUACUUUUCUACAAUUGGACCCUGACGAUGUGAGCGAGCAGUUGAAGCGCCAGGGGGCUUCAAUACCACUUGUUCGACCUGGAAAAAGCACAGCUGCUUUUCUUAAAACAGUUCUUAGCCGGAUAUCAGUACUGGGUUCAGCUUUUCUGGCAGUGCUCGCAGCUGGCCCGUCUGUUAUCGAACAAACGACACACUUGACUGCUUUCCGUGGAUUUGCUGGUACAUCUAUUCUAAUUCUCGUGGGAUGUGCAACUGAUACUGCAAGAAAAGUUCAGGCAGAAAUCAUAUCGCAGAAGUACAAGAACAUCGAGUUUUAUGACAUCAACCAGUAUGGCCCUUGAAUGUAAUCGACAAAAAUCAUGCACCUUCUUUUCGAGCACACCGUGCUACCAAAUUAUCAAUGUUGUCAUUAUUGAAAAGGGAACUAACACGCAUAUAUUAUGCCCCACAGAAAAAAUUGUUAGAGGUCAAGAGGCUGUAAGUUUGCGUCUUAUCACCGUUAUUUGACCGUGUUGGUCUAUAAAGUAUCUAGAGUGUAGAUAUCUUCUGAAGAAAAUUGAACUUAAAUCAUUCUUUCUUUAUGUGAUGAUCAAAAUACUAAUGAUAUGUUCUUUGUUGAUUGCA